AUGGUACAACCUCGGCUUAGGACAAGGUGGUCCAUUGUCCUGAAGACAAUUGCCAUUAUCCUCUUGCCCCUCCUUUUUGGUUUCCUUUUGCGAUAUGUUGUGGACAACAUCCCAAGCCAUCCAGCUUGGGUUACGGAAUCGUUAGAAAUAACCCCCUUGUCUAUACCGCUUGCAAAGCCUAUCUCGUACAUCUACCGCGAGUGGACAGACGCCUUUCUACCUCUCCUGAUACAAAUCCCGCUCCCGUUUGAACAUAAUGGUCAAGCUAGCGUUGCCUAUCUCGAUGGUAUGCUUUAUCUAGAGAUAAACAGAGUAUACAUGGGCCUAUAUCUCUGGAAAACCAGCCAAGUGCCAGGUCCAGACCCCAGCGUACUUGAAUUCUUCAAAGACGCCAAGAAAGCAGCCCCAGAGGACCUCGACGACCAUCCUGAAAAGUUUGGAUACAGGUUGCUGCAAGGCGAAUGGGUGCUGUGGUUCGUGCACUUCUUCGAAACAAGCCCUACGAUACAGCAAAAAAUAAACCAUUGUGCGUUGCUCUGGAAAAAGGUGAGGGACAUGAACCUGGAGGCACUUGAAAAUCUAAAGAAGCUUGAUGAACGGUAUUCCUGGUUGGAUACUGCGGGGGCGGCGUUACUACAAGUAAGGCAGGAAUGGGAGCUACCAUCACCGCAUCAUGACCAUUGGUGGUACCCCUUCCUAGCCAAAGAUACCUCGAUGCUCGACAUGCUCGACUCGAUAAAUUUCACGGUGACACGACUCAUCCCGUGGAUACAACCGAAUAGGCUUUUGGUAACUCAGGCCAUUAAAAAGCUUGAACACCUCAAUGAUGUUAUUGAAGCUGAGAAGAAGACAUGGGACACUGUCGAGGCUGGAGGAGGUGUGGUGGUAGAUGACGUUCUGUCACCUGGCUCGACGAGGUGGAUUUGGAAUACAAAGCGAGUGAUUAAGUCUUGGGAUCGACUUGCAGAGUGGGAGUUGACAGCUAUGGUGGACGAAUGGGAGGCUUCCUACAAUAGAGUGGAGGCCGACGAUCUUGAGCGACCUCGCUUUCCCAGACGGACCAGGCCAAGCAAACAGCCGAAGGAGAAGCCGAAGUGGUGGUGGUUUUACGAUUGA